UCACAAUAAGUUGAAGCCGAGGGAGAAGCAGGCAAUUUAUAAAGAUGCUUCGUCCUCAAUUUUUGCUUCAUGCGGUACUUGUGAUCGUAUUGGUGUUGAUUAUCAUAUGCUAUACACUUGCACUGCCAGCCAAACAUCGCAUAGUGGGUGGUAGUACGGCGAGCCAGGGCCAAUUCAAACACCAAGUGUCUAUACGAAACAAUGGAGCUCACUUUUGCGGAGGAUCCAUCAUCACUCCAACAACUAUCCUUACAGCGGCUCACUGCGUUCACGGAUCCAGCACAGCUGGUAUGACAGUAGUCGCUGGUUCCACGUCGUUAUCCCAAGGAGGAGUUAGCGUGCCAGUGGCGCAGGCUUUGUACCACGCUGGAUUUGAUCCCAAUAGCCUUUUGAACGAUGUCGCCGUCCUGCAUUUGGCCAGUCCAAUCCCACUUGGCGGAAAUAUUCAACAGAUUCAACUACGCGGUUCGACGGUAUCAGGUGGCGAGCGACUUACUUUGAGUGGUUGGGGCCUGACUUCGUACCCUGGUGAAAUUCCUAACAAUCUACAGUACAUAAAUCUACAAGCUAUUGAAAUUGCAAGGUGUGCUCAGGAAUUGGCGGGCUACAGUCCAAUUGAUAUUGGACAUGUUUGCACUACCUCUCCUGUCAACCAGGGUGCUUGUCAGGGUGAUUCUGGUGGACCUUUGAUCGACGCUAGUGGUUACCAGGUUGGUGUCGUCUCGUGGGGUAUCCCAUGCGCCAAAGGAAUGCCGGAUGUCUUCACAUCUGUUGCAUACUAUGCAGACUGGAUCGUACAGAAUGCCCAAUUUGACGAGAAGAUGAUUGUCGAUGAUGAAUAAAAAAACUGGGGCAUUUUAAUUGCAUAUUACGUAAAAUUUCUUUCAAAUAACAAUCACUUUUAUUUUUAAUUAAUUUUGUCAAUGAAUAAAAAUUAGCAGCUGA